AUGGCAUCAGGUUCACAGGCUGCGAGCACUUUUCUCACUGCCAACCCCGAAUUCAGCUGUCUUGCCCUUGAUAAUGCUGUGUUCGCAAGUUCAGUUCAGUCCGGUUUUUUGCCCCCAAAACACGCAACCGUGGACCGCAACCGGUCUAGGACUGACCCAGAUAUUGAGGGAACCGAACCGAACCACCUAGGACCGGUCUUUUGCGGUCUAUGGAGCCGGUUCAGACCGAUCCAGACCGGUUUUUUUGCGUAUAAUUUAUUAUACCAAUAUAAACCAUUUGUAUCUUGACUAUUAUUACUCUGAAAAAUAAACGGUUUAUAUAAAAUAGUAAAGCAUGUAAAUACCCAUCAUUCUACCAAUUUUGAAGAGCUUUAAUGAAGAUUUGACAUA